UAGUGGCCGUCGCAUUUGGGCGCAGUCAUUUCAUUAUAAUGGAGUUAAAAGGACAAGUAGCUUUAAUCACCGGUGCAGCCGCCGGUAUUGGUCUCUCCUAUUCGGAAGAACUCCUUAAGAAUGGUGCUAAGGUUUCCCUGUGCGAUAUUGAUUCUGAAAUCGGGGAGCAAAUUGCUGAUGAGCUGGGUGUAAAAUAUGGACGAAAAAACGUAUUAUUUUGCCAAUGUGAUGUUACUGAUUAUCCACAAUAUGAAGAAGCCUUCGAGAUGACAAUAAAAGUAUUCAAUCGAUUGGAUAUAGUAAUAAAUAAUGCUGGGGUGAUGAACGAUAGAUUUUGGGAGCUGGAAGUUGAUGUCAACCUGAACGGCGUUAUCCGAGGUACGCUGCUAGCAUACCGUUAUAUGGGCAAAGACCGUGGCGGGCAGGGUGGAACCAUAGUGAAUACAGCCUCCACUGCCUUUGCCAAACCACAAGUGUCUACCCCCAUCUAUACGGCUACGAAUUACGCAGUUGUCGGGCUGACUAGGGCCUAUGGGGAUCAAUACCACGUCAACCUUACAGGAGUUAGGAGUAUAGUGUUGUGUCCGGGAUUAACGGACACAGGACUAAUUAAGGACAUCCGUAAGCAGUUGAUGUCUUCUGAAUAUGAGGCUGCGUGGCAGAGAGAUAAUGCUAACUCAAAAACUCAGAGCUCUGAACACGUCGCAAGAUCUUUGAUUGAAAUCCUUUUGAAAGCUCAAAGUGGAUCAGUAUGGGUUGUGGAGAACGGUCAGCCGGUGCGCGAGUGGCGUGCUUAAACUCUUUUCUACUUCUUGUCUUAUACACUUUUGAUACGUUUAUGAAUAUUUACUGAACGUCCUUAGAUAAAUAAUUUUGGACUAAGUUUUUAUGUAGUUCAAGAGAAUAUUUUUGUGAAUCAUCCGUAUAUUUGUCGCUAAAUUACCAUUAACAAAACUUAUAUUAGGUUCUUAAACAUGCAUCCAUAAAACUUUCUUCUCAUAAAAUCUCUAAUUUACAAAAGUUCUUGACAAAUUAGCUUUUUUUUUUAGUUUCAAUCAUUGGUAAGGCUCAAAGUAUAAGUACGCUUCUACAUUUUCUCAAGUAUGGUUACAUGGUUGUGUAAACAUUUUGUUUCCGAUUAGUAUAUAUUUUUAAUUAGGUAUAAACAGCUUAAUUAUUAAGUAUUAUUAGCUUUAAAUUGUUUUGUAUUGUUGCUAAUGCGUUUUAAAAUGAUUAAGAUCUCUAAAAUAUUGUACCAAAGUUCAGCAAUGAUGGUUUGGGUAAUAGUAACAGACCAACAUGUUGAGAUUGAUUGUCAACAAUAUUGAUCAUCUCAAUUUUGGCUGCGGUUUUUGGGGAUAAAUUAUUAGUAUUAUAUAAAAACUAUUUUGUAUUUAUUAAACAUAUGUACACCAAUAUACUAUCGGCAAAAUCAAGCAUCUAUAAUAUACAUGUAGCAUUUUAACAAAAACAUCUUGAAAUCAAUUUAUUAGGAAGAUCUUAGUGCAUGAGACAAAUGUUUUGUUUAAUGCAUUCCAUAGGAAUACACUUUCCAAAGGAAAGAGUACACAAAACAUAAUUUUUGAGAAUUGAACCCCUAUCUGGUUAAAUAAACGUGAACUCUACACUAUGGUUAAUUAAAAUAACAGCUGUAUUUAGGAAAUGUCGUGUUUGCUGAUAGCGAAAGCUUUAAGUUUUGGUUUGCAAUAAAAGAAUUGUU